AUGGCUACGCUCGACGUUCUUGGCUACGAAAGCCGGGAGAAAGACGUCGAGAAAACGGCGGACAUCACCAAAAUCCAGAGUGGUGCAAAUGGACAAGUCAUCGACUCCGGAGGUACAAAACGCGCAAUCAAGAGUCGCCACGCACAGAUGAUUGCGAUCGGUGGUACGAUUGGUACUAGUCUUUUCGUCGCCUCUGGUCAAGCUCUUGCUGUUGGCGGUCCAGCACUCCUGCUGAUCGCCUAUAUUGUAAUGUCUCUAAUGGUCUACGGCAUUGUUACUGCUGUCAUUGAGGUCGGCACUCAUUUGCCCAUUUCCGGUGCCACUAUGUCGAUGCACUGUGGUCGUUAUGUAUCCAAGUCAUUAGGUGUCGCGCUAGGCUAUCUAUAUUUCUAUUCCUUCGGUAUCAUUGCCGCUUACGAACUCACGGCCGCCACGAUCAUUAUCGAUUAUUGGCCACACGGUGUCCAUGUUGCCGUUUGGAUCACAGUUCUCAUGGCCGUCGUCAUCGCUCUCAAUAUCUUCCCUGUACGAGUAUAUGCGGAAUCAGAGUUCUGGUUCGCUGGGAUCAAAGUCGCCAUGAUUACAGGCCUCUUGAUUCUGUCGCUGGUUCUUAUGCUUGGGGGAGGGCCAGAUCAUGAAAGACUCGGGUUUCGCUACUGGUACGACCCCGGUGCUGUCAACGAGUCGAUUGUUGGCGGUGCCGGCGGCCGGUUUGUCGCAUUCCUCCGUGUCUGGAUCCUGUCUGGAUUUUCUUUCUACUUUGGCCCCGAACUUAUCAUCGUCACUUCAGGCGAGAUGCGCAACCCGCAGAAGAACCUUCCUAUCGCUUCCCGUCAGUUUUUCUACCGUCUGAUAUUUUUCUACGUCUUGAGCGCGCUGGCCAUCGGGGCCAUCUGCGCGUCGAACUCGCCGGGACUUGUGUCGGGCGCCGGCAAUGCCAACGCAUCACCAUGGGUUAUCGCUAUACACAACGCAGGCAUUGAAAUUCUGCCUUCUGUUGUGAAUGCAGGUAUCCUCACAAGUGCCUGGUCCUCAGGAAGUUCAUAUCUAUACAUGUCAAGCCGAUCAAUCUACUCAUUGGCCAUUUCCGGACAUGCGCCCAAGACUUUGGCAAGAUGUAAUCGAUGGGGUGUGCCGUAUAAUUCCAUCAUGGCUGCCAGUUUGUUUCUACCACUCGCAUACAUGGUCUGCAAUUCUGAAGCGGGCGUGGUGUUCAAUUGGUUUAUAAAUCUCACCAAUACUGCUGGAUAUACUUCUUGGAUCAUCUGCUGCGUUACCAUCGUUAGGUUCCGCAAGGCUUGUGAGGCGCAAGGAAUAACAUCUCCCUACAGAUCACCAAUCCAGCCGUGGGCAGCUUGGAUCUGUAUGAUUCUUUUCACCGUUCUAUGUCUAUUGAAUGGUUUCACUGUAUUCUUCCCCGGGAACUGGUCAACGCCCGGAUUCUUUUCGGCCUAUGUGGGAAUUCCGAUUUUCUUGCUCAUCUGGCUAAGACACAAAUUCACCUCUGGGAGACACGAUUCGUGGAUGUACAGCCCCCGAGCCGUGGACCUGGUCACCGGUUUGACUAUUGUUGAGGCCGACGCCCAACUGCGCAAAACAUCGUGA